CGGCCAUUUUGAAUUGGCUACUUAACAGACGAAGCGUGAAGUAAAUCUGUAUCGACUUUUCCGUGAAUGAAAUAGCUCAGUGUAGUACGAGCGUGCGGCAGACGAAGUUGUGUGUAUUCACGAAAACUCGUAUUGGAUUUAUUUCAACGGAAAAUACAAGAAACCAUGGCAACGAACGAAAAGAUGAAGGAGGCAAAUCAAGAAGAUUAUCGGGAAGAACGAGAGCCUUUAGAACCAUCUACCCCAACGGACACCGCUACCUUAUCAAGCGAGGGUUUGAAACCUGGAGUGCACGAGCGCGAGCAAUGGUCUCGAAAAAUUGACUUCUUGUUGGCGUGUAUAGGAUUUUCUGUGGGUCUCGGAAAUGUCUGGAGAUUCCCCUUCUUGUGUUACAGAAAUGGUGGAGGUGCUUUCCUCAUACCUUAUUUCAUCGCAGUUAUAUUUGGCGGCAUACCGAUGUUCUUUCUUGAAGUCUCCCUUGGGCAGUUCAUGUCGGAGGGUGGCACUGGAACAUGGAAGAUUUCCCCUUUAUUUCAAGGAAUUGGCUACGCAUGCGCAGUAGUUGUUUUCCUUCUUAAUUGCGAAUACAACAUUAUACUGACCUGGGCAUUUUACUACCUGUUCUCAUCUUUCACUUCGGUGUUACCAUGGUCUAAUUGUGACAACGAAUGGAACACACCCGAGUGUCACGUCGACCAUCGUCAAAUCUCAAAGUCUGUCAACAAUGCAACAACAGACAACGCCACCAUGACCUACUCAAACAUGUCAGUGUUUGCGUCAACUGUGUCGUCAUUGUCAGCAGUUGCAUCCAAUGUCACUAACUCUGCCAAGAUUACAGACCCUGUUACAGAAUAUUGGGAGCGUAAAGUGCUGGGACUCUCUGACGGCGUUGGUGCGCCCGGAUACAUCAAAUGGGACCUCUGUCUAUGCCUUCUUCUAGCCUGGAUCGUUGUCUAUUUCUGCAUCUGGAAGGGAAUAAGAAGCUCCGGAAAGGUGAUGUAUUUCACGGCGACCAGUCCUUAUAUCCUCAUGUUUAUACUGCUAAUCCGAGGUGUCACGCUAGAGGGCGCUUCUGACGGUCUUAAAUUCUACCUGGUACCAGACUUCUCAAGAUUACAAGAUCCACAGGUCUGGGUAGACGCGGGUACACAGAUUUUCUUCUCAUAUUCUAUUGCCCUUGGAACUCUCACAGCUUUGGGAAGCUACAAUAAAUUCAACCAUAACUCUUACAGAGAUACAUAUAUUUUUGCUACCGUCAACAGUUUUACAAGUAUUCUUGCUGGUCUCGUCAUAUUUUCAAUUCUUGGUUUUAUGGCAAAAAGACAAGGGGUGUCUGUAGAAGAAGUUGCUGAAUCAGGUCCAGGUUUAGCCUUUAUUGCAUAUCCAGAAGCAGUAUCUCAAAUGCCUAUUGCACCAUUCUGGUCAUGUCUGUUCUUCUCAAUGGUCAUUCUUCUAGGACUUGAUAGUCAGUUCGUUGGUGUCGAGGGAUUCAUUACAUUUAUGGUAGAUCUAUACCCUCAAGUAUUCAGAAAAGGGUAUAGAAGGGAAAUUUUGAUUGGUGUUGUUUGCGUUAUUUGCUUCCUUGUUGGUUUAUCCAUGGUCACUGAGGGAGGCAUGUAUGUGUUUCAGCUAUUCGACUACUACUCGGCAAGCAGAAUAGUCUUGGUCGUAGCCUUCUUCGAGUGUAUGGUGGUAUCUUACGUCUAUGGAGCAAACCGAUAUCAAGAUAACCUAGAAAUGAUGUUCGGUUUCCGUGUAUCAAAGGUUGUUAAAUACAUGUGGAUGAUUUUCACUCCCAUAUUUACUAUGACAAUAUUUAUCAUGGGAGCCAUUACGUACUCGGAGCUGUCGUACGAGAGGAAGUUUAUCACAUACCAAUAUCCAAAAUGGGCUAUCAUGGUGGGAUGGACUCUCGCCCUGUGUUCUGUUGUGUUAGUCCCGAUAGUGUUUGUGUACCGGCUCUUUAAGCAAGAAGGAACCGUCUCUAGGCGGUUUAUGGAAGCCACGAAGCCAAUUCUGAAAAAGCACCAGAUACGAAUUGGAGAAGAUCUUAGCAAAAUUAACCUUGUUGGUGAUAGCUUGGAUCAGAAUUAUCCAGACAUUUCAGGCCUGAGUCCCGACUCAGUCAUGCAACUGGAGGGAAAAGAUAUAUAUUGUGAAAACAACGAAUUUUCUCCAGCUUGAUUAACUGUUGAAAAAAAACAUUUUAGAUCUAAAUAAUGUAUGUAAGAAUAUAUGUAAUUGCUUGUACUUUUAAAUGUAGCAUUGGGUGUAUUUUGAUACCUCACUACAAGAAAUAGAUGUAUACAAAACGAAUACAUCAUUAAAACAAAACAUUAAAAGUACAAGGGUAAUCUCAGAAAAUAGAAAACAAUGGACAUCGAGGGGGGAGAUUGGAAUAGUCUUUCUAGAUGUGUUGUAUAUACAUUUGCUUUUUAUGUGUGUUCUGUAUGACUCUAGUACAUCAUUUGUAAAUAUCAUAAAAAAGUACUUUGGUUUGUAAAAAUCAUCUAAGCAUCUAGUUAACAUUCCAUGUCGUCUAAUCAACAUAUCAUCAUUCUCCUGAUAACUCGGCUCAGUGACGUAAGCAUAGCUGCGAUUUCAUAAUGACGUCAUCACUUGUGUCUUUGCUUGUAUUUCAUAUAAUCUUGGACAUAACUUUAAAGUUGAUUGAUACUGCAAACAGUAGGAUAUUUGUAAUAUGUAAGCUCAUCACAUUUAACAUUGUGACCACCAACAAACUGCUAAAUAAACUAGCAGACGACAGCACGUCAUGUGAUAUCUAAGAUAUGUCGCCUGUUUAUAUGAUGACCAAAGUUUUCACAAUACUUCUCGAGAGAAAAUUCUCAGGUCUCGUCAAUGUUUUUUAAAAGGCUUUAGGUAUGUGAACAAUAAUUUUAAGUUAUGUUUUAUUUGAAUACACAACAUUUUUGGAACCAUUCUUGUGAACAACAUACAUGAUGCAGCCAAAAGAGUUGUUUAUUUGAUAUUUAUGUUAAUAUAAGCACAAUUUUUGUUUUCAUUUCAUAACAUUCUACUUGUUUUAUUAUGUUUUAUCACUGCCAAUUUGAACAGUUAUAUAAAUAUUCGGAC